AUGACCCCCACCAUCAUGGCCUUGCUCUGUCUCGGGCUGAGUGAAGACCCCAGGAUGCAAGCACAGGCAGGGACACUCCCCAAACCCACCAUCUGGGCUGAGCCCAGCUCUGUGAUGCCCUGGGGGACACCUGUGACCAUCUGGUGUCAGGGGAGCUUGGAGGCCCAGGAGUACCACCUGCAUAAAGAGGGGGACUCAUGGAAUUGGGAGACACGGAAGCCACUGGAGUCCGGGGACAAGGCCAACUUCUCCAUCACAUACAUGACAGAUGUAUAUGCAGGAAGAUACCGGUGUGACUAUGAACGCCCCAAUGACUGGUCAGAAUACAGUGACCCCCUGGAGCUGGUGGUGACAGGAUCCCAUGACCAACCCAGCCUCUCAGCCCUGCCCAGCCCUGUUGUGACCUCAGGAGGGAACGUGACCCUCCAGUGUGCCUCACGGAUGGGAUUCCACACAUUUGUCCUGAUGAAGGAAGGAGAGCGCCAGCCCUCCUGGACCCUGAACUCCCAGCCAGCCCCCCGUGGGGGUACCCAGGCCCUGUUCCCUGUUGGACCUGUGACCCCUAGCCUCAGGUGGAUGGUCAGAUGCUAUGGCUAUUACAGCAACACCCCCCAGGUGUGGUCAGACCCCAGUGACCCCCUGGAGCUGCUGGUCUCAGGUGUGUCGGGAAAGCCCACCCUGCUGUCUCAACAGGGCCCUGUCGUGACCUCUGGACAGAGCCUGACCCUCCAGUGUCUCUCUGAUAUUGGCUACGGCAGAUUCGCUCUGUCCAGGGAGGGGGCACCUGACCCUCCCUGGCAGCUUGGCCGACAGCCCCAGGCUGGGUUGUCUGGGGCAGACUUUCCCCUGGGCUCUGUGAGACCCUCCCAUAGAGGCCGGUACAGGUGCUACGGUGGACACACCCUCUCCUCCGAGUGGUCGGCCCCCAGUGACCCCCUGGACAUCCUGCUUGCAGGUCAGCUGCCCUACACACCCUCCCUCUCAGUGCAGCCGCGACGCAUGGUGGCCCCAGGAGAGAAUGUGACCCUGCUGUGUCAGUCACAGAGCUCUGUGGACACUUUCCUUCUGUCCAAGGAGGGGACAGCCUAUCCCCCGCUGCGUUGUAGAUCAAAGUCCCGAGCUGGGCAGCACCAGGCUGAAUUUUCCAUGAGUCCUGUGACCUCAGCCCACGGAGGAACCUACAGGUGCUAUGGCUCUUCCAGAACCUCCCCCUACCUGUUGUCACAGCCCAGUGACCCCAUGGAGCUGCUCGUCUCAGAAGCAGCUGGCACCGUGAGCCCACCCCAAAACAACUCAGACCCCAGCAGUGAUCCUGGGUGAUUUGGGUCCUCUCUGACCUCUGCAACCUCUCCGUCCUCAUUCCUAGCCUCGGACCCCAGAGAUUACAUGGUGGAGAAUCUGACCCGCAUGGGCGUAGCUGUCUUGAUCCUGGUGGUCCUCGGGAUUCUGCUGCUAGAGGCUCAGCACAGCCACAGAAAGACUCCAGACGCAGCCAGGAAGAGACGAGACACCAUGACCCCCACCAUCAUGGCCUUGCUCUGUCUCGGGCUGAGUGAAGACCCCAGGAUGCAAGCACAGGCAGGGACACUCCCCAAACCCACCAUCUGGGCUGAGCCCAGCUCUGUGAUGCCCUGGGGGACACCUGUGACCAUCUGGUGUCAGGGGAGCUUGGAGGCCCAGGAGUACCACCUGCAUAAAGAGGGGGACUCAUGGAAUUGGGAGACACGGAAGCCACUGGAGUCCGGGGACAAGGCCAACUUCUCCAUCACAUACAUGACAGAUGUAUAUGCAGGAAGAUACCGGUGUGACUAUGAACGCCCCAAUGACUGGUCAGAAUACAGUGACCCCCUGGAGCUGGUGGUGACAGGAUCCCAUGGCCAACCCAGCCUCUCAGCCCUGCCCAGCCCUGUUGUGACCUCAGGAGGGAACGUGACCUUCCAGUGUGCCUCACGGAUGGGAUUCCACACAUUUGUCCUGAUGAAGGAAGGAGAGCGCCAGCCCUCCUGGACCCUGAACUCCCAGCCAGCCCCCCGUGGGGGUACCCAGGCCCUGUUCCCUGUUGGACCUGUGACCCCUAGCCUCAGGUGGAUGGUCAGAUGCUAUGGCUAUUACAGCAACACCCCCCAGGUGUGGUCAGACCCCAGUGACCCCCUGGAGCUGCUGGUCUCAGGUGUGUCGGGAAAGCCCACCCUGCUGUCUCAACAGGGCCCUGUCGUGACCUCUGGACAGAGCCUGACCCUCCAGUGUCUCUCUGAUAUUGGCUACGGCAGAUUCGCUCUGUCCAGGGAGGGGGCACCUGACCCUCCCCGGCAGCUUGGCCGACAGCCCCAGGCUGGGUUGUCUGGGGCAGACUUUCCCCUGGGCUCUGUGAGACCCUCCCAUAGAGGCCGGUACAGGUGCUACGGUGGACACACCCUCUCCUCCGAGUGGUCGGCCCCCAGUGACCCCCUGGACAUCCUGCUUGCAGGUCAGCUGCCCUACACACCCUCCCUCUCAGUGCAGCCGCGACGCAUGGUGGCCCCAGGAGAGAAUGUGACCCUGCUGUGUCAGUCACAGAGCUCUGUGGACACUUUCCUUCUGUCCAAGGAGGGGACAGCCUAUCCCCCGCUGCGUUGUAGAUCAAAGUCCCGAGCUGGGCAGCACCAGGCUGAAUUUUCCAUGAGUCCUGUGACCUCAGCCCACGGAGGAACCUACAGGUGCUAUGGCUCUUCCAGAACCUCCCCCUACCUGUUGUCACAGCCCAGUGACCCCAUGGAGCUGCUCGUCUCAGAAGCAGCUGGCACCGUGAGCCCACCCCAAAACAACUCAGACCCCAGCAGUGUUGAGUAAGAGAAAAGUCCCAGUGAUGGGGCUUCCUCGGACCCCAGAGAUUACAUGGUGGAGAAUCUGACCUGCAUGGGCGUAGCUGUCUUGAUCCUGGUGGUCCUCGGGAUUCUGCUGCUAGAGGCUCAGCACAGCCACAGAAAGACUCCAGACGCAGCCAGGAGCUAA